UGGGAGUAGAAGCAGAAGCAGGAGCUGUAGUUGGAGCCGGAGCAAGAGGGCCAGGAGGAUGGAGGGGAGAGGAGCAAGGCCCGGCGGGGCGGCCUAUGAACGCCUCACUGCAGAGGAGAUGGAUGAACAGAGGCGGCAGAAUGUUGCCUAUCAAUAUCUCUGCCGCCUGGAAGAGGCCAAACGUUGGAUGGAGGCCUGCCUGAAGGAAGAGCUGCCUUCUCCGGUGGAGCUGGAGGAGAGCCUUCGAAAUGGGGUUAUUUUGGCCAAAUUAGGACACUAUUUUGCCCCUGAUGUGGUUCCCUUCAAAAAGAUCUAUGACUUAGAGCAAAUGCGGUAUAAGGCAACUGGCCUACAUUUCCGUCACACUGAUAACAUCAACUUCUGGCUGGCUGCAGCGUCUCACAUUGGCCUACCUAAGACUUUUCUUCCUGAGACUACAGACAUCUAUGACAAGAAGAACAUGCCACGGGUGGUCUACUGUAUCCAUGCGCUGAGUCUCUUCCUCUUCCGAUUGGGAUUGGCACCUCAGAUCCAUGACCUGUACGGUAAAGUAAAAUUUACAGAGGAGGAACUCAACAACAUGACUGCAGAGCUGGCUAAGUAUGGGCUGCAGCUGCCAGCGUUCAGCAAGAUUGGGGGCAUCCUGGCAAGUGAGCUCUCUGUGGAUGAGGCUUCUGUCCAUGCCGCCGUCCUUGCCAUCAAUGAAGCGGUGGAGAGGGGGGUGGUAGAAGACACUCUUGCUGCGCUGAAGAACCCGAACGCCAUGUUGGGGAACCUCCGGGAGCCCUUGGCUGCUGUUUACCAGGAGCUGCUAGCCCAAGUGAAGAUGGAAAAAGUCGCCAACUCCAGGAACUGUUAUGUCCAGGAUGGCGGAGAGAGCCAUGACAUCUAUGACCGAUACCUGACUCAGGCAGAGAUACAGGGCAAUAUCAACCAAGUCAAUGUUCAUGGAGCUCUGGAGGCUGUUGACGAAUCUCUGGAAAGACAGAACUCUGGGGCCUUGCUUGAAGCUCUCUGCGACUCAGCUUUGGCCCUUCGAGGAGUGAGGAGGGGUUUUGGUGACUGGUACCUGGAGCAACUGAGUUUAGACAGAGAACAGAAAGCGCUGGAGCUGGGCUUGGUAGAGCUUCUGGAGAAGGAGGAGGUCCAGGCUGGUGUGGCUGCAGCCAAUGCUAAAGGCGAUCAAGAACUUGCUAUGCUUCAGGCUGUUGGACGGAUCAAUAGAGCCAUCCGGAGAGGGCUGGCAGCAGACACGGUGAGGGAGCUUAUGUGCCCUGAAGCCCAGCUGCCUGAGGUGUACCCCUUUGCUGAAUCCAUGUACCAGCAGGAACUAAGUUUGAUUCAGCAGCAGCAGGAAGGGGAACUUGCUCAGGAGGAACUCUUUGUGGCUUUGGAGAUGCUCUCUGCUGUUGCCCUGAUUAAUCGGUGCCUGGAGGCAGGGGAUGCUGGGGGCUUCUGGAACAGUCUGGUCAGCCCAGCUUUGGGCCUGGCUGAAGUGGAUGGAGAGAAUGCCCAGCGUUAUUUUGAUGCCCUGGGAAGGCUGUGGCAGGAACGGAAUGGGGCCGGGGCCUUCCUGAGCUGGAAUGACUUGCAGGCCACUGUGAGCCAAGUCAAUGGUCAGGUCCAGGAGGAGACAGAGCAGAUCCUCGCAGUCAGUCUCAUCAAUGAAGCCCUGGAUCAGAGAAAACCAGAGAAGACCUUGACUGCCCUACUGUUGCCCUCCGCCGGCCUGGAUAAUGUCACUCUCCCUGUUGGCCCCCUAUACCACCAUAUCCUGACCUCCGCCAAGAGAAAGAAGGCCCAGGUAACAAAGGACCCUGGGGCUGUGCUGUGGUUGGAGGAGAUCCGCCAGGGAGUGGCCAAAGCUAAUCAGGGCACAGAAGCAGCUCAGAAGAUGGCCCUUGGAGUGGCUGCCAUCAACCAAGCCAUCAAGGAGGGGAAGUCAGCCCAGACAGAACGGGUAUUACGUAACCCAGCCGUGGCCCUCUAUGGGGUGGUCACAGAAUGUGCCAGUGACUACCAGAAGCUAUUGCAGGAUACCAUGGAAAGGAAGAAACAACCAGGAAACAAGCUCUUCUGGGUCCAGCAUCUGAUGAAGGAUGGCAUUGCCUACUACUUCCACCUGCAAACUUUCCAGGGGACCUGGGAACGCCCCCUUGAUUGUAUCCUAAAUACUUCCCAUCUCACUCGUGAAGAGAUCCAGGCAGCAAUCACAACAGUUACUGCCGCCCAUGACCGACACCAGCUUUGGAAUGCCAAUAUUGGCUUUAUCAUCCAGCUCCAGGCCCGGAUGCGGGGCUUCCUUGUUCGGCAGGAGUUUGCCAAGCAUUCCCAUUUCCUAAAGACCUGGCUCCCAGCCAUUAUUAAGAUUCAGGCUCAUUGGAGAGGUUACCAGCAGAGGAAGAUCUACCGAGAACGGAUGAGGUUCUUAAAGGCAAAUGUGGCUUCUGUGAUGAAGAUCCAAGCCUGUGCCCGGAUGUGGGUGGCUCGGAAGAGGUAUCAGGAAAGACUAAAUUUUUUCGAGGAGAAUAUUAAUUCAGUUGUGAAGAUCCAGGCAUUUUUCCGAGCCAGGAGAGCCCGGGAUGACUAUAGGAUGCUAAUCCACGAUCAGCACCCCCCUGUCAGUGUGGUGUGUCGAUUUGCCCACCUCCUGGACCAGAGGCAGCAGGAUUUCUGGGAAGAGGCGGAGCUGCUGAAGCUCCAGGAGGAGGUGGUCAGGAAAAUCCGGUCCAACCAGCAACUGGAGCAAGACCUCAACCUGAUGGACAUCAAGAUUGGUCUGCUGGUGAAGAACAGAGUCACGCUGCAGGAGGUUGUUUCACACAGCAAGAAGCUGACCAAGAAGAACAAGGAGCAUCUGUCAGAUAUGAUGGUGCCAGACAGGCGGAAAGGACUAAAGUCACUGAGCAAAGAGAAACGGCAGAAAUUAGAGGCUUACCAACACCUCUUCUACCUGCUCCAGACCCAGCCCAUCUACCUGGCCAAGCUGAUCUUCCAGAUGCCACAGAACAAGACCACAAAAUUUAUGGAGUCGGUCAUUUUCACCCUGUACAAUUAUGCCUCCAAUCGACGAGAAGCCUACCUCCUUCUCCAGCUCUUUAAGACUGCUCUCCAGGAGGAAAUCAAAUCCAAAGUUGAACAGCCCCAGGAUAUGGCGAUGGGCAACCCAACAGUAGUCAAGCUGGUGGUUAGCUUCUACCGCAAUGGCCGGGGACAGAGCGCACUGCGAGAGAUCUUGGGCGAGGUGAUCCAGAGUGUCCUUGAGGACAGGACACUCAGUGUCCACACCGACCCCAUUCACCUCUAUAAGACCUGGAUCAACCAGAUGGAGGCCCAGACUGGGCAGCGGAGCCACCUUCCCUAUGAUGUUACCCCUGAGCAGGCCCUGAGUCAUCCUGAGGUCCAGAGAAGGAUGGACAUCUCCCUACGAAAUCUUCUUUCUGUGACAGAGAAGUUUCUUGCAGCUAUCACCUCAUCCGUGGACCAGAUUCCGUAUGGGAUGCGUUAUGUUGCAAAGGUCCUGAAGACUUCCCUGGCUGAGAAGUUUCCCAGUGCUACAGAAAGUGAGAUCUGUAAGGUAGUAGGGAACCUCUUGUACUACCGAUUCCUGAACCCAGCCGUGGUAGCCCCCGAUGCCUUCGACAUCGUGGACCUGGCAGCAGGUGGGGCCCUAACAUCCUCCCAGCGCCACGUCUUGGGGGCCAUAGCCCAGCUCCUCCAGCAUGCUGCAGCCGGCAAGCCCUUCUCUGGGGAGAAUGGGCACCUUCGGGUUCUGAACUCCUACCUGGAGGAGACACACCUCAAGUUCAGGAAGUUCAUCUGCAAAGCCUGUCGCGUACCAGAGCCUGAGGAACGCUUCGCCAUGGACGAGUACUCAGAUAUGGUGGCUGUGGCCAAGCCUAUGGUCUACAUCACCGUGGGAGAGCUCAUUAACACCCACAGGCUGCUGCUGGAGCAUCAGGACUCAAUCGCCCCAGAUCACCGGAACCCUCUGCAUGAGCUCUUGGAGGAUUUAGGGGAGCUGCCUACCAUCCCAGCCCUGAUAGGAGAGAAUUUGGCAUCAGACGGGAACCCGGACAUGAGCCAGUUGGAAAUAUCCCUGACACUCACCAACAAAUUUGAGGGCCUUGAGACUGACCCUGAAGACACUAACAUAAGGAGCCUUUUGCUAAGCACCAAGCAGAUGUUGGUUGAUAUCAUCCAGUUCCAGGCAGGAGAUUCCCUUCAGGACAUCCUGUCUCUUUUACCAUCAGAAGAACAGGAAACUGCCCAUCGCUUACUGAUGUCCCGACGCCAGGCCUUUGAAGCCCAGACCCCAGAGCCACUGAAACGGCGUCGAUCUCUGGCUGCCCACUCCCUCCUGUCAAUACGAGAAAAGCAGCGGAGGGUCCUGAAGAACCUUCGUCACCUGGAGAGCUUGGGACGCCUGACUUCUGCUGACGGCUACCAGGGGCUGGUGGAUGAGAUAGUCCAGGAUAUUCGAAACCAGCGCCGUUACCGGCAGAGGAGAAGAGUAGAGCUGGUGAAGCUUCGGGCCACUUACCAGGGCCUGCAGGCCAAGACAGCCUUCUACGAGGAGCAGGGCGACUACUACAACCAGUACAUCCGCACCUGUCUGGACAACCUGGCCCGCGGCAGCAAGAAUGACAAAAAGGGGAAGAAACAGCCAUCUCUGCGUUACACCGCUGCCCAGCUCUUUGAAAAGGGAGUCUUGGUGGAAAUUGAAGACUUGCCAGUCACUCAUUUUCGCAAUGUCAUCUUUGACAUCAUUCCUGGGGAAGAGGCAGGAAAGUUUGAGGUGAAUGCCAAGUUCAUGGGUGUGGACAUGGAGAGAUUCCAGGUUCACUACCAGGACCUCCUCCAGCUCCAAUAUGAAGGCGUGGCCAUCAUGAAACUCUUCAACAAGGCCAAAGUCAAUGUCAAUCUCCUCAUCUUUCUUCUCAAUAAGAAGCUAUUCCUGAAAUGAUGGGUGGGGGGAGAAGCAUGAAACAUCCCUUUACCCCAUUCCAGCUGUUUUAACCAAAGAUGCGCCAACUAAAGCACCGAACUGCAAAGACCCCAACACCCGGCAUCCUGGCUGACUCAUUCUCUCCCCAUGGCAGGAGCUCGUACUUUGGGGAGGGGGUUGGUGGCAGAGGGAGGGGCAGCUUUUUGCUUCUUCCUUCAUUCCUCCUGUACUCCAGAAUCAUAGAUAACCUCGGAGUUGGGAAGGAAACACAGGUCAUGUAAUCUGACCCAGACUUUAUGUGUGCAUGCACGCAUGUGUGCGCGUGUGCGUGCACGCACACACACACACACACACACGGUACUCCAGCUUCUGCCCAAAGAACUCCACACCAAUGGGGAGCUUACUACUUCCCAAGACUAUCUAUUGACAUCAAGCCUAAAUCUGCCUCUCCAUGGUUUCCACCCAAGUAGAACAAGAAUAACCUGUCUUCCAUGGGUUGGCCCAACCCCAUUUGCCUUCACCAGAUCUUCCCAUGGCAUUGGGUCCUCGGUCCCCUCACAAUGCUGGUCACUCCCUCCCUGGACACACUCCAGCUUGAACAGAAUACAGGACUCCUGAUGUAUUGUGACCGUGGCAAAGAAUAGCACGACUGUAGCGCCUCGGACAGGAAGCCUCUGCUGGCCAGAGUCCAACCUACAGAAAGAGGAAUUCAGGCACAAUUGUUGAUUUUAGCCCUUUGCUCUUGAUUCUCCACACCCUAGGUGUGGGACCAUGUAUUUGGACUAAUUGGGGGGGCUGGGGGGAGGUUAAAGUGAUAGCACCUGCUGCACUCUAGUGGCUGACUUUAGUAUUGCAAGCACAAUCCCUGGGCCACCCCCCCUAGUCAAGGAGUAUAGAUUUAGAGCUAGGCAGAAACUUAGAGGUCAUCCUGCCCAACCCAUCGUUUUACAAGUGAAGACAUUGAGGCCCAUAGAUGAAGUGACUUGUGAUGGUCACAUAGUAAGUGGCAGAGCCCAAUCUGAACCCAGGCCUUAUGAUUAUAGAUCCAGAGAGCCCAAACCUAACACCUCAGUUUCCCAGGGAAAGCUCUCCAGCAAUUGGAAACGCCUAAACCCCAGCUCCAAUGUGCCCCUCCAUUCUGAACUAUUUUUUCACAACAAUCUAAUCCAGAAACAUCUAUUAAGCACCUACCAUGUGCCAGGCACUGUGCUGGGGAUACAAAAAGAAGCAAAAGAUGGGCCCUGCCCUCAAGAAGCUUACCAUCUAAUGGGUUGAAAAAAGAGAGGUGGUAUAGAAUUACUACUUGGUGCCAGUGGCAGCUCUUUCUCCCUGUUAUGGUUGAUAAAGCUUAGUCUAUUUUAACCUCUAAUCUCAUUCCUCCUCCACCCUACCCUUGUUUAAAAAAAUUACUUUAUUCUUGGGUCAAUAGGAUAUUUAUUUCCCCACUACCAUCACUCAGAAUGAUUGUAUAUUCCCAGCCCUAGUGUUCAUUAUCUUCCGUAUAUUUGAGCUCACUUUACAUGUGGGCCAAAAGGAGUCUUUUAUUCUAUACCCAUACUAAUAGAAAACUCAUAAUGUUCCCUUUAUAUUUAAAAAUCACUUAUUUGGGGCAAUAGGAUUCUCUUUCUUCAACUUUUUAUGUUCAGUUUGAUAUAGUAUAUAUGGUUUUCCCUUUCCCCCUCUUUUCUCUUGACUUCCAGUUCCCAGAUUUUUGUUCUGUGAUUUAUCCAUGUGGCCUGUCCAGAUCUGUUGGCCUGACACUACGUUUCUUCUUGGCCAUCUGUUCUUCCUUCCCUUUCUCCAUCCACCCAAUUUCUGUCUUUUUACCCUUCUGGCUUUGUUUUGAAUAAAAUCUGCUGUUGUAACCACA